UCGGAUGAGUCAGUGUAGUUCUGGUGAAAGCAUUGAUAAGACGUCGUUUGGUCAACAUGACCGAUAGACGUACCCUAGCCGUACUUUUUACUUUGUGUACUUUUGGAGUUCCAAGGAUUUUAGCCGCAUCCAAAAAUAUCCCAAAAUGGAAAAAACAGGCUUGCGAGGCACCAGCGACGCAAAAUGAAUCGAGUCAUUACGUUUGCGACGACAAUGGCGAUAUGAAAUGUCUACCCGGGUGGAUAGGUGACCUUUGCGAUGUGCCAAUUUGCAAGAAAGGUUGUGACCCAAUUCAAGGUUACUGCAAACGGCCAUCCGAAUGCCGUUGCAAGUUAGGUUUUUACGGUGAAAUGUGCAACAAGUGUAUAGCACUGCCCGGCUGCCAACACGGUUACUGCAACAAUAGUUUCGAAUGCAAGUGCUUAGAAGGCUGGGACGGCAUAUUCUGUUCAGAACCGGUAUGCCACGAAGACUGUCAUCCGAGUAAGGGGUAUUGUGACUGGCCGGGAGAAUGCAGGUGUCGUUUAGGCUGGACUGGUGAUCUUUGCAAAGAAUGUCAACCAUUGCCAGGAUGUAUGCAUGGGACUUGCUCUAAACCAUUAGAAUGUAAAUGUGAAAAGGGAUGGCAAGGAAUUUUGUGUCAGAUACCUGUGUGCUCUGAAGGUUGUCAUCGAGAUCGAGGAUAUUGUCGUAAACCAAAUGAAUGCAGGUGUAAAGUAGGCUGGUGGGGUAAGAACUGUACUCAAUGUUUCGCAUACCCAGGCUGUGUUCAUGGGACGUGUAACCGUCCGUGGGAAUGUAAUUGUAAGCCCGGCUGGGGUGGAAUGCUCUGCGAUCAAGAACUGAAAUAUUGUGAAACUAACAAUGUGACAUGCCAAAAUGGAGCUACAUGUGUAAGUCUUCCAGAAGAAGAUGGAAAUUAUAGAUGUCUUUGUGCUGAUGGAUACAUUGGACGAAAUUGUGAAGUAGAUAAAAAAAAGGUUGAGAUUGUCGGGUUAGUUCCUCCUAAGCCUAGCUUAAUGCUUCUUAAAUCAACAACAACUACACCUUCGACGGUGUCUGAAGACUUAUUAUUAGAGGGCGACGAUGAAUAUGAAGAAGAAACUACAAAACCUAAUUCUUCCAUAGUUUCGUUGGUGAAUGAAAAUGAAUCCCUUAAUGAAACAAUUUAAUAUUGUCAAGACAUUUAUUAAAGCAAUAUGUCAAAUAAUAAUUUAUUCAUCUUAAAAUUAGUUUUAUAAUUGUUUUUAUUUAUUUAUUUAUUUAUUUAUUACAUUGAUUUUGUACUGAUAUAACUAGUUUAAACAAUAUAAUAUUUUAUAGUAUAUAA